CCACUUGAUCUCGCUCUCUCUCGCAUCAAACUUUCUUCUUCUCUCCAUCGACUCUACUUCCAACGCGUGUCCUCCUCUCCUCACUCUCCUCCUAUCUCUUCCUCCGAUCUCUCAGCUUCUCUUCUUCCUCUGUAUCAUCAUCGCUUUUAACCGAAUCUUAAUCUCAAGACUAAUGGAUCCCGAUAUCAAGAAGAAGUGCAGAUUAACUCCAGAAGACAACACGACGACGACGACUCCGCCGCUUCUCCUAAUCUCCGUCGAUGACGUCAUCGAGCAAGUCAUGCCAUACAUAACCGACCCCAAAGACCGAGACUCCGCCUCCCUCGUCUGCCGCAGAUGGUUCAAGAUCGACUCCGAGACCAGAGAGCACGUCACCAUGGCCCUCUGCUACACCUCAACCCCCGAUCGCCUCAGCCGCCGCUUCCCGAAUCUCAGGUCCCUCAAGCUCAAAGGGAAGCCUCGCGCCGCCAUGUUCAACCUCAUCCCCGAGAACUGGGGCGGGUUCGUCACCCCCUGGGUCAACGAGAUCGCCGCGUCGCUCCGGAGGCUCAAGUCGGUGCACUUUAGGAGGAUGAUCGUCAGCGAUUUGGAUCUGGAUGUUUUGGCUAGGGCGAGGUUGGAUGAGCUCGAGGCCUUGAAGCUUGAUAAGUGCUCUGGGUUCUCUACUGAUGGACUCUUGAGCAUCGUUAAACACUGCAGGAGAAUAAAAACAUUGUUAAUGGAAGAGAGUUCUUUUCUUGAAAAAGAUGGUAAAUGGUUACACGAGCUUGCUCUCCACAACACAUCUCUCGAGGUUCUAAACUUCUACAUGACCGAGUUCACCAAAAUCAGCCCCGGCGACUUGGAAACCAUUGCUAGAAACUGCCGCCGCUCUCUGGUCUCCGUCAAGGUCGGCGACUUUGAGAUUCUGGAGCUUGUUGGUUUCUUUAGAGCCGCGACUAACCUCGAAGAGUUCUGUGGUGGCUCCUUGAACGAGGAUAUUGGAAGACCUGAGAAGUACAUGAACUUGACUUUCCCGCCGAAGCUGUGCCGUCUGGGUCUCUCGUACAUGGGGCCUAAUGAAAUGCCCAUACUGUUUCCGUUCGCUGCUCAGAUCCGGAAGCUUGAUCUGCUUUAUGCGUUGCUUGAGACUGAGGAUCAUUGCACACUCAUUCAAAGGUGUCCUAAUUUGGAAGUUCUUGAGACAAGGAAUGUAAUAGGAGACAGGGGUCUAGAGAUUCUUGCACAGCACUGCAAAAAUUUGAAGCGGCUGAGGAUUGAACGAGGUGCAGAUGAGCAAGGAAUGGAGGACGAAGAAGGCUUAGUUUCACAAAGAGGACUAAUCGCCUUAUCUCAGGGCUGCCAGGAGCUAGAAUACAUGGCUGUCUACGUCUCAGACAUAACCAACGAGUCACUCGAAAGCAUAGGCACAUACCUGAAAAACCUCUGUGACUUCCGCCUCGUCUUACUCGACAGAGAAGAGAGAAUCACGGACCUGCCACUAGACAACGGAGUCCGUUCCCUCUUGAUAGGAUGCAAGAAACUCAGACGGUUUGCGUUUUAUCUCAGACAGGGCGGGUUAACGGACGUGGGGUUAAGCUAUAUAGGACAGUACAGCCCCAACGUGAGGUGGAUGCUUCUUGGUUACGUCGGUGAAACAGACGAGGGGCUAAUGGAGUUCUCGAGAGGCUGUCCGAGUCUACAGAAGCUAGAGAUGAGAGGGUGUUGUUUCAGCGAGCGAGCAAUCGCUGCAGCGGUUAUGAGGUUGCCUUCGUUGAGAUACUUGUGGGUACAAGGGUAUAGAGCAUCGGUUAGGGGACAAGAUUUGAGGUUGAUGUCUAGACCGUACUGGAACAUAGAGCUGAUACCGUCUAGAAGAGUACCGGAAGUGAAUCAGCUUGGAGAGGUAAGAGAGAUGGAGCAUCCGGCUCAUAUAUUGGCUUACUACUCUUUGGCUGGUCAGAGAACAGAUUGUCCACCAACUGUUAGAGUCCUAAAGGAGACAUGAUGAUGAUGAUGAUGAUGAUGAUGAUGAUGAUGCUGCUGAUCCAAAGCAGGUUUGUAUAUAAAAAAAGAUUUGGUUAUUAUAUCAUUUUCAGUCUCUUGAGUUUUGGGGGUUACAUGAACUGUGUGAUGUGAUGAUGUUUUCUUUUUUUUUGUUCACUUUCUGUUGGUAUGGGUCAGUGGUUUUGAGAGAUUUUAUAUAGUAUCCUUGUUUGUAAUAGAGCAUAUUUUAUUGUUCUUUUUUUUUCCACAUUUUAUUGUUAUCUUUUUUGAAUAAAACCCCUCUUUUGAGAGA